AUGGAUCAGUGCGUGACGGUGGAGCGUGAGUUGGAGAAGGUGCUGCACAAGUUCUCAGCUUACGGGCAGCUGUGCGAGCGCGGCCUGGAGGAACUCAUCGACUAUACGGGCGGCCUCAAGCAUGAGAUCCUGCAGAGCCACGGGCAAGAUACUGAAUUAUCAGGAACGCUUUCUCUUGUCUUGACACAGUGCUGUAAAAGAAUCAAGGAUACUGUUCAGAAAUUGGCCUCGGACCACAAAGACAUUCACAGCAGUGUUUCUCGGGUUGGAAAGGCCAUUGAUAAGAAUUUCGAUUCCGACAUUAGCAGUGUGGGAAUAGAUGGCUGUUGGCAGGCAGACAGCCAGAGGCUUCUCAAUGAGGUGAUGGUGGAGCACUUCUUUCGACAGGGAAUGCUGGACGUGGCGGAGGAGCUCUGCCAGGAGUCUGGUCUUUCUGUAGACCCAGGUCAGAAGGAACCAUUUGUGGAGCUAAACCGAAUAUUAGAAGCAUUAAAAGUCCGAGUUCUGAGGCCUGCUCUGGAAUGGGCAGUAUCAAACCGAGAAAUGCUCAUAGCCCAGAACAGCUCAUUGGAAUUUAAGCUACACAGAUUAUAUUUUAUUAGCUUGUUAAUGGGUGGAACCACAAAUCAACGAGAAGCAUUACAAUAUGCUAAAAAUUUUCAGCCAUUUGCCCUACAUCAUCAAAAAGACAUUCAGGUUCUAAUGGGAAGCCUUGUGUACCUGAGGCAGGGGAUAGAGAACUCGCCAUAUGUUCACUUGCUUGAUGCAAACCAGUGGGCCGACAUCUGUGACAUCUUCACACGGGAUGCCUGUGCUCUCCUGGGGCUGUCUGUGGAGUCUCCUCUCAGUGUCAGUUUCUCAGCAGGUUGUGUGGCCCUGCCAGCAUUAAUUAACAUCAAAGCUGUGAUCGAGCAGAGGCAGUGCACUGGAGUAUGGAACCAGAAAGAUGAAUUACCCAUUGAAGUGGACCUUGGUAAAAAAUGCUGGUAUCACUCUAUAUUUGCCUGUCCCAUUCUUCGUCAGCAAACAACAGAUAAUAACCCACCUAUGAAGUUGGUCUGUGGCCAUAUUAUAUCAAGAGAUGCCCUGAAUAAAAUGUUUAAUGGUAGCAAGUAA